AUGAGAAGGCUUUUCCCAGUUCUGUUAACCUUAGGCAGUUCAAAAAUCGGAUUAACAAAGUUUCUUUUGGAUCAUCAUAGUAGUCGCGGUGCCCUGGCAUUUAGGCUUCUGCCUGCGCGGCUGCUUUGGUGUAAAAAAUGUUCACUCCCUCUAAGAGCUUACUAUAAAUUUUUGGAACUUUCUUCUAAGACGCCGCCGCGCAUUAGAUCUGCAAGACAGACCCGUCAUGCUUCUGUAGCCCAUCCCAACGUCGAGAACUGACCGGUCUGACCGCUCCUUAUUCCUAAAGUAUUGAGACUCAGAAACAAUCUACCCAAGGAUGUUUUACUAAUGCUAAUAAAUUUAGGC